AAAUUAGAUUUUUGAAUAUUUUUGUUUAAUCAAUUUACAUGUUUUGUUUAAUCAUUUACUAGAAUAAUGGACUCAUUGGAAUGCACACAUUGCAAUAAAAUCUUCCAGAACAAGUCAGUACUAAAUCGCCACUUACAAUCUCAUUUAUCUCUCAAGCCACAUCAGUGUAAAAUAUGCGAUCAGAGAUUUACUCAAAAAUCUUCUCUUGAAAGACAUCAACUAACUAUUCAUAACAAGGAAAAAAAUUUUAAGUGCCGAAAAUGUAAUUUAAAAUUUUCACAGAAAUAUAAUGUUGAAAUUCAUAUGCAACGUGCUCAUUUAGCAAAAAAGAAAGGUGUUGAAAAACAUUCAUGUCCUAAUUGUUCCUGCGAAUUUAGUAAGUUAAAUAGCUUAAAUCGGCAUAUAUCACAGAUACAUACAAAUUUUAACAAAUCUACUGAUUCAAACAAUGAUUCUAUCGGAAAUUUAAUUGAACAAUUAAAAAUGUUGCAGCAGAACCCUAUAAAUGUUGGUUUUGAUUAUAUGGAAUUGCAAACAGUUCCAGAAAAAUUAUUGUCGGAUUCACAAGAAGAAGUUUUAAAUAUAAGAGAAAAUUGUGAAGUUCCAAAAGAAAGUCAAGAAAAAAGAAAAGUAAUUGAAAAGGAGAACUUAAAAACUUUACUUAAUUUUCCCUGUAUAGAGUGUGGAAGGGUAUUUCAAAGAAAAUUUGAUCUGGUUAGACAUAUUAGAAUUCAUAGAAAAAUACGACCCUUCUCUUGUACAAAAUGUGAUAAAUCGUUUACUUUAAAGUGUAUCUUGGAUAGACACAUGAAAACCCAUGUUGAAAUGGAAAGGAAAAUUCAAUGUAGAUUUUGUGACAAAAAAUUUAUUUCACAAGUAAAACUUGAGAAGCAUAAUAGAAUUCACAUUUUACCAAAAUCUUAUAUGUGUAUGUUGUGUGCAAAAACUUUUAAACUAAAACAGAAUCUUGAAAGUCAUCAAAAACUUCACGAAUUCAACAACAUUCGCGAAGAAGAAAUUGAAAAACGAUUAAUUCCACCCAUAAUGAUAACUGAUAAUCCUCUUUUAGAAAAUGUGGAAUAUAAAUAUAGUUGUACUAAGUGCGUACUAAAAUUCAAAUCCUUAGCACAUUUAAGAUAUCAUGAAGCUAAACAUAUUGGAAUAAAAAAAUUUAAGUGUAAUAUUUGCGAAAGGCGUUUCCUUACAAAAAGUUCUUUGACAUGUCAUCAAUUAGUUCAUAAUUCAAUCCGUCAAUUUAAGUGUCAAAUAUGCUUAGCUAAAUUUAAAACCGCAUCAAACCUUAGAAAUCAUUUACUUAUUCAUAGUAACACAAAAAGUUUUCUUUGCGCCUAUUGUUGUAAAACUUUCAGAAGAAAAAUGAGUUGCCAAAAGCAUUUAAAAACUCAUAUCAAAGAUGUUUUAUUAGAAUCUGAGCCUAUAUUCUCAGAAGACAAUCCGAACAUUAAAGAAGUACAAAGUUUGUCCAGGGAGGUUUAUGUAAAAUCAAUCAAUGAUACAGCAUUGGAUACAUAUGAUAAUUUACUUCAUUCUUGUACCAUAUGUAAAAAGAAUUUUAAAAAACCAAAUGAUUUAGAGCGUCAUAAUAGAAUACAUAACAAAGAAAAACCAUAUCGCUGUGAUAAAUGUGAUAAAUCUUUUACUUUAAAAGGAACACUAAACACACAUAUGAAAAUUCAUGAAGAAAAUCGAAUUAAAGUUAAUUGUACAGUAUGCGGUAAAUAUUAUGCAACUCAAUCAGCAUUACAAUUGCAUUUAAGGAUACAUACUGGUGAAUUACCAUUCAAGUGUGAGCAUUGCCCAAAAAUGUUUCGAACUGCUGGUCACAAAAUUGCUCAUUCAAAGCAGCAUUUAAAGAAAAGAAAAUAAAGUAAAAGUGUGUAUUCAUAUACAAUAUUUUGGUACAAAAAAGUGGAAAUACAAAUUUCCAUGUAAAGUUAGUAUUAAAGAAUUUUAAUUUGA